CACAGGGAGGCGAAUCAUUGUGUCCAAUGUUUCUCCACAGAUCUGACUGGAACCUUUCUCUCCGAACAGCACGGUUCCCACCGAUUCAAGCGAGAGGCGAUCUUCCUCUCUCGGACAGCAGCUGAUGUGGACCUGGGGAACACAUUAAUGAUCACCAACAUGGAAUGCGCAGUGGACGCGCAAAGCCUGAUCUCAAUUUCCUUAAUGAAGAUCCACAACUCCAGGACGCAGAGAGGGGGAAUCAAGCUGCACAAGAACCUGCUGGUCUCCUAUGUGCUGAGGAACGCCAGGCAGGUCUACAUCAAGGAGAAAUACGCGGAGAUCUACAGGAUGCAGCAGUACGAGGAGGUGAGGACAGUCUGCAACGAGAUCCAGGAGCUCAACCCGCUGGAUCUGGACGCAGAGGACGCCGACGACGAGGAACAGGCGCGGGCUGCUUGCUGCGGCGAAGAGACGAGUCUGUGCGACUCUGCGUGCCACAGAGGCGCGGCACAGCCAGCGGUGCACGUCCGGGCAGCGAGCACUCUCCUCGGCUGCUCUCCUUUCGAGGACGGCAGCAAAGAAACGGAGCCGUCGGACUACAGGAGCUGCUGCAUGGAGGCUUCCCCCGUGUCUCACUUUGACCAGUUCUCCGCAGACAACAACAGGCACUGUAACAAAACCACGGUGCUGGAUUUGGACACGCAUGUGGUGACCACUGUGGAGAACGGCUACCUCCACCAGGACUGCUGCUGUGACGCGCUCCAGUGCGGCCAGGGCGCGCAAUCGCCGGGCAAGAAACGGAAGGUUGAGUUCGGCGGUUGCGUGUCCGACGCGGAGGAAGUAUGUGAUUUUACAACCGCUCGCAAAAGAGCGAAACGCGAGGACUGCUCCUACUCCAACCCGGACUACACGGACACUUCCAAUAUCUCCAACCUGAUCUCCAUCUUCGGCUCGGGGUUUUCAGGGCUGCUGAGCAGACAGGCGGACUUGGAACAGAUCUGUAGCAAACAGGCCCUGGCCAGUCUUGGAGCAUGGACCCGGGCGAUUGUGGCAUUUUGAAUCAAACACUAUUUGACGGGAGACCGGGACCGGUUGUAAAACCUCAUCCCAUAAAGUAUUAGUAAACAAAACCAAAUGGAGAACUGUGUGCUACUGCCAGUUCCUGUUGAGGAACAUUGUUCUGAGCUUUGAGGCAUGUUCCUGAAUGUUAACAAAGAAACGUUCUCAUACUGUUCACACAUCCACAACGUUUCUGCCACCGAACACGUCAUUGGAACUUUUCGUGUUGUUACAAGGUCAAAGAAGUUUCAGCAAAUGUUCUGAGGAGACUUUUUAAAGGAGUUAGUCAGUGUUUCCUGACAGAAUUCAUGUGACAUGACAGAAAGCUGUCUGAAACCUUCCAGAAACUUUACUGGAAGGUUCCACCAGAUGUGACCAAGGUACAUAUACAGUGAGGAAACCAACAGUUUUUUUUUCACGUAUUACAGAAUAUGUAUUUGUUAAAACCAUAAAUAGAGCAUUGCUACCAUCACAGCCCCGUGUGUGGGGGCAGCCGAACACAAAAUAAAUCAGCUUUCUUGUGACCUAUAUCAGAUCUCAUCCAACUGUCCGCUCUGAACACGUUCAGUGAUUAAAAACUGAGGGACCUGGAAAAAAAAGUUGAAAUCAGGCAAAUGACUAAUCUCUGCAUUUUUGAACAUUACAAAUGUUCUUUAUUAUUAAAUAUUGAUAGGGACAUUUUAUAGACCUCUGACAUUGGCCAACAUCAGUAUCUUGUAGUCCUCCACACUACUGUAACAAAAAACACUUUCAAAAUGUACAUGAGCUGAAAUGGUGAAGAAUUACACCUGAACGCACCCUGACCUUCAACAUCAACACCAUGUGGUUCAUUGGUGUUUUUACUGGGUGACAUCGCCCCACACUUUCUUCUGAUUGGAAGAAAAGCAGGUGUUUACAGCUGAAACCGGUCUCCCCCCCCUAUCAUGUAGAAAUCAACUUUAUUUUUGCAAGAAAAAGAAAAGCUAUUUAAAAUUGAGCAAUUUAAUGACAAUAGUUUUGACAGGGAGAGGAAAGUGUUUGUGCCAUAUGUACCACGUGCAGGCUUUCCUGUUGUCACAAUGUGAGAGAGGCUACAUGUCUGAAAAUACAUUUUGGUGACUCAAAUCUGAUGAAAUGGACUGUCAUUGCCUUAAAUCCGAUGCGCACUACUGCUAGCUACUGUCCGAAGUGAAAGUACAUAGGAAGUGACUGAAUGUCUCCGCUGUCUCCUCCUCCACCUCCAUUUAUAUAUGGACCUUGCACAUUCAGAGCCGUUUGUUGUCACGUGAAAACACACGUUAAAGACCCAAGUACCUCCCAGGUGUUCACCUGGGAGGUACUUGGGUCCUAACCAGCUCAUAUCACACACUUUUAAUUGUCUGAUGUUUUGGGGCUGUUCCUGUGGUCAUCACUACACCUCCACAGUCUGGGUUCUUUUGGCAGUUUGACGUCUCUUUAAUCACAGUUGUUGCUCAAAGCCUUCACAGCGAUUCAUAAUUCCAAUAUGUCUUGGGUUUGUGAGUUUCACUUUAUUUUGUAAAAGACUGAUCUUAGUCCUUUUGUUUUAAAAAGGCAAACUCAUGAUUUAGCCAUAACCUGAGAAUCCAUGCAUUAGCUUUAUGAGCACUAUGUGUACCAAAAUAAAGAGAGUAUUCAGCCAUUCUCUACAUAUUUUGUUGUUAUUCUUGUAUUUUUGUGUUUAAUAAAUUGUAGCUUUCCGGGUAAAACUGUUUCAGAAAAUAUUUGUAAAAAAUUUAUAAUCUUAAUAAAAAACUAAAACUUUUAA